AUGCCAGUAAAAGUAAAUCUACCUUUCAAAGAUAUUCGAAACAAGGCUAAGGUUGAAGAGAGAGCAGACAGUACAUCGAACCGACGACUCAGCCUGCGUCGCAGUUUCGACUCAUUACCCAUGGCUAAAGCACAGGAGUCUCCAAGUCUACCAAGUCGCCAAGACACAGGCCGAAUUAAGAAACGACCCUCCAGGUGGCGAGGACCGCAGAAGAACGCUGAUACUCCAGCAAGGCCAACGGCAAACAUAGCAGCCGUUGCUCAGUCAAACACAUCCAGAAUGCGCGAAGUAAAGCAGACCGGAGGCAGUCAACAGCCAAAGACGCCCAAUGUCGAGCUAAGAUUCUCGUUCUCAGCAGAUGCAGAUGAAAGCCCGGAGCAAGAAGAGCGAAACGCCACCGUUGCCGCAGACCUCUCUCAACUUUCCGUGGCUAUCCCGUCAAACAAUUCCGUCUCGGAUGCAGAAAAGAAGGCAUCUCCAGUGCAGGCGGUUGGACCACAGCCCACUAUGUCUCAAGUACCUCGAUUAUCAAAGCCGAAACCAAAACGAGAGGGAUACGGGUUCAGCUAUUCAGAGUCUUUCAUGUAUGAUUCGGACGAGUAUCCAGACACCGAAUGCGAAUGGGAGCCAGAGAAGGAAUCGACGGAGAGCCCUCAACGCCCGGCGCCUUACAACCCUUACCUCAACUGGGAUGGUACUCCGUAUACUGGCCGUCCCAAUUCGAGAGACUCAGCGACUACCAUCGAAAACCAAUCUUUUGAAGAUAUGGUCGUGCUCCGCGACGUCGGCUCUUUCUAUCUUGCCAGGCCUCAACGGCCACUACCAUGUACCCGCGCCACACGCGAGGACACUGUCCGUCUAAAGCGCCAGGCGAAAACGUUGAUUGCGAAGUUUGAAGAAUCAGCCGAAGUGCAAGCUCAGCUUUUGACACGGAUUGAGCGCAUGCUUUACACUGGGCAGCAAAGGACAGGGACUCUUACAGCAUCCAAUCCGAUGCUUCACUGUGCGCUGAAGCUGCGCGACUUUUUAUUGAAAUCCAAAGAGGAGCGCAUCGAAACUGGGGAGCAUCGUACCAGUGUAGAGCAUGAGAUUGAGUGGAUCAAGUGGUUGCAUGGCCUCCGCAAUUGCCUCGAAACGAAACAACCAGGAAUAGCCAACGUCCAGCUUUUAUCAGGAGGCACAGCAAACUACGUCUACCGCGUCACAAAACAUGAUGGGUCAAAAAGCAUCUUCAAACACGCCGCGCCCUACCUCCACAUGAACAAAUCCUUCGCACUCGACCCGACGCGUAUGAACUACGAAGCCCAUGUCUUGGAGAAGUUUUCAUCCUCAGCGAGUCCCUUCCCGGCGGCUCUAGAAAGCUCAAACGUACAUGCAGUAUGGCUGUUUAGCUACGACAAGGAACCUAAGCUGCUCGAGAUUGAAGAUAAUGGUAGCCGGAACUUCAAAGACGCCUACACAGACAAGACGUUAGAAAUCCCCCUCAUUGGGAAGGACCUGGCGGCAUGGCUUGCCGCACUACACACGUGUUCUCAAGAAAUGUCACUCAAGCUACCAGGUCAUAUCCCGGAUACAAACAACAACCCAAUCGCCGUCGACAUCUAUAGACACUCUUACAGGAACCUGCAUACACCACUCUCACUGUUUGGCCACGAUCCCCAACUCGCUCACCGAAUCGAUGACGAGUUCGGGAUACUCUUAGCGACAGAGAACGAAUGUAUCUGCCACGGGAAUUUCUGGCCCGGUAACGUUCUCGUACACAUCACGGAGAACAAAACAGCUAAGAUGACAAUCGUGGAUUGGGAGAUCGUUCGGCGAGGCACUAGUGCAACCGAUGUAGGGCAGUUUGCGGCUGAGGCUUUCCUUCUCGACCGCUUCAGAGAGGAGCAAGAAAGAAUGGUCCACCAAUUAGCUGCUGAGUACAUGCGUAGUCUAAGUAUCGUUGUCAACGCAAAUAGUACGCGCGACAACAAUGUAGCGCCUCCUCCUGCGAAUGUUAUGGCUCAGGCAGAGGCAGUUCCUUAG